AUGCCGAUAAAGUCUCCCUUUGAGUCCUCCAUUGCAAAGCCUGGUCAUGGCAAGGUGGUUCUCUCUCUCCUCCCACCAGCAAAUCCCUCUCUCACGACCCUCACCUAUAAAUAUCCUCUCAAACUCCUCACUCGUGUCCCCGGCUUCGUUCCGCAGAACGCCGCUCUCUCAAAAUGUCCUUCCAACCCCGUCCACCUCUACCUUCUCACCUACGGCGGAGGCCUGCUACCAGGCGACCACAUUUCGGUCUCCAUUACCCUCGAAGCUCACACCCGUAUGGUCGUGACAACACCACAAGGGAGCACCAAGAUUUUCAAAACUGAGCCCAUCAGUAUGAAGGGCCACCGCAGCACUCUCAAACACACUCUCUCCGACAAGAGUCGGCAAACAUUAGACGUGCACGUCGGCGAGGGUGCUGCCCUCUGCUAUCUGCCAGACCCAGCUGUGCCAUACAAGGACAGUCGCUAUGAGCAAGUCCAGACCUUCACUGUUGACGGACUAAAUAAGAGCAGUCUCUGCAUCCUCGACUGGGUGACAGAAGGCCGGACGUCCCGUGGUGAGAGCUGGGACUUCCAUCUCUGGCGAGGCAAGAACGAGGUAUGGACUACAACAACAGACGGGAAAGGAGCACCGCCAAAGAAGAAGCUGCUGCUCCGGGACUCGCUCAUUCUCGAUGACGAGGUUGACAUGGCCCUUCUUGAAAACGGAGUGGACACAUGCGACCGUAGUGAUCUGUUACGGGAGCGUACCCGACCGCACGGGGUCGUGGGGACCUUGAUUCUCUACGGGCCAGUCUUUGAAAAGCUCGCGUCUUUCAUCAUGGACCGGUUCUCCUCGCUACCGAGGAUUGGCGCAAGGAAUUGGGCCUCCUCGGCGCCGGCCGCUAUGGAGUCCACGCCCAACUAUGAUUCCCAAGUGACAUUCACGGCAGCACGGGUGCGUGCCGGGUUUGUACUGGUGAAGUUUGGCGCGAAGGAAUUUGCAACGGCCAAGGAUUGGCUGGGUGGGAUUCUGCGCGAGGAGGGUACGGUGUUCCGCGAGUUCGGUGAGGAAGCGUUAUUUUGUAUGUGA